GCGCGUUCGGUGGUGCAGAACACGGCGGUCGCUCUCCUUCGGCCGCCCUGUUCCUGCCGUGCCGGGGAUAGCUACUCUGGGAAUGAGCUGUCCUGAGCCAGGGAUGGGGGAAUUCUAUUGAGUCUCCCGAUGUCCACGAUCUACAGCUGUGCUGUCACCAAGUUAACUCGUUCUGAUUUCAAUCUGCGGCGGCCCCGAGGCGAGGAGGGGCGCCAAACCAAUCCCGGUUAUCUGUAAAACAGACCCAUGACGAGUCUUGGAGUUUGUGCAGUGUCUGACCCCAGUGCUUGGGGGCUGUGUGGAGAUCCCUGCCUGGAGUGGGGUCACCCCUUGAGGAUGAGCCACAAAGAUUCAUUUGGUAGACUGGUGUUUCUCACUCAGCACUAGUGACAGCCUGUGCAUCAUGCAGCUGGUGGCCAGCCUGGUGUCUGUGCUGCUUUUGGUGUGGAGCGUGAGAGCCACGGCACUGCCCAGGGAGGAGAGACUGCAGAGCACCAGGGAACAGAGUACCCUCCGCAAGGAUGUCAUCCUGAAGAUGCUGGCAGGCCUGCUGGAUGGCACAGAUAUGGGGCGUGAGGCAGCCUUCCCGGAUAUGGAGGAGAAGGGCAAGCUGGAGGAGGAGCAGGCACUGCUGGGGCGGCUUGCCCAGCUCUCACAGCGGGACCGCAAGGCGCCCUGCAAGAACUUCUUCUGGAAAACCUUCACCUCCUGCUAGUGCUGCCCAGCUUGGCCUUGCCAGCCUGCAAACACCUUCCCCACAGCUCAUCUUCCUUGUCCACCUAGCUCCCUUUCCGUGCCCUUCACCCCUCAGAAUAAAGCAUAUCGCCUCUCGGGGA